GCAGAGCCGGUCGAGAACCGGAGCGGGGAGCUGAUCGGAACUGAGGCGGGGCCCGGAGCGAUGGGGGCCCGGGUUCCCCAGCGCUCCUAGGCGGGCGGGUCCCCCCGAUUCCCCACGGCGGCGCCCCGAGCUCAUGGGCGGCCGCACGGGCUGAGACCCCCCGCCGGACGGGCUCGGAGGGACCCAGGCGUCCUGGCACCAUGGCGUUCACCUUCGCCGCCUUCUGCUACAUGCUCACCCUGGUGCUGUGCGCCUCGCUCAUCUUCUUCGUCAUCUGGCAUAUCAUCGCUUUUGACGAGCUGCACACAGACUUCAAGAGUCCCAUUGACCAGGGGAACCCGGCGAGGGCACGAGAGCGAUUGAAAAACAUUGAGCGGAUUUGCUGCCUCCUGAGAAAGCUCGUGGUUCCUGAAUACUCCAUCCAUGGGCUCUUCUGCCUCAUGUUCCUGUGUGCAGCCGAGUGGGUCACCCUGGGCCUCAACAUCCCUCUGCUCUUUUACCACCUCUGGAGGUAUUUCCACCGCCCGGCAGACGGGUCUGAGGUGAUGUACGAUGCCGUCUCCAUCAUGAACGCCGACAUCCUCAACUACUGCCAGAAGGAGUCGUGGUGCAAACUAGCCUUCUAUCUGUUGUCCUUCUUCUACUACUUGUACAGUAUGGUUUAUACUUUGGUGAGUUUCUAAGAGGACUGAGUGGGGGACCCCACAAUUAUCUCAGUGGCUGCUCCCGGACUCCUGGGUUCACCCCCAACCAGCUGUUUCUAGGAGAGCGCAAGAGAUGCUGGGAACACAGGGGGGGCCCUGAAACUCCAACACCCCCAUGGAUUUGAGGCUCUGCCCCAUCGCUGGACGACUCGCAGGAUCAGACGUUGGGCCUUUCCGUAUUAGGGCCACCCCACGUUUUGAGUGACUCACUAAACCCUGCUGCCCCACAUUUCUGCAGCGCCCGUGAGGCAGGGGCACAUCUCCUCCCAGAUGUACCCUCCCUACCUGUGAGAUGGGGGCCAGGGCAGGAGCGACCCCUCUCCCCACUGCAGCUGGGCCACUCCCCAUUGUGAGCCUGUCUGUUGGGGGGCAGGGAGAGGGAUGGGGCCCCCUGCCCCACUGUUAAACCCAUUUUAGGGUGCAGGGGAGCUGGGUACUGGGCACCCCUCACCUGCAGUGACAUUAUAAUGCGGGGGUAGGGGUUCAGGGCUGAUGUCCCCAACACAAGACCGGGGGGUUAUUCUGUUGGACAUAUUUACGUCUAAUCCAGGAGGUGUAACCCACAACCUAUGGAGCACAGCCUCUGCCCCCCCCCCCCAGGGCAGGCCCAAACCCCACACAUGCCAGGGCAAGGCAGGGUAUUUCUGUGUGUUUGUAGUGUUGCAUUUGUUACCAGGAGUUAUUGUCUGGCGUGGGGGCUGGGGGGCCCAGGGGGUGCUUAACUAGACCCCGGGGAGAAGAGGAUCAAGGCUGAACCAUUACACCCCCACCAGGUCACCCCCUCCCCUUGCAAAUGUCAGGGCCCCUCCAACACUGCCUCCUCAUUACCAAGUUGGGGGAAGAUUUUGGGGUGCACUCAAAUUUGGGCUUUGAGUCCAGAAAACUGGGAUGGGGGUCCCUGUGUCGGGGUGACCUGUUAUCUUGCAUGGGGAGUCCCUGUGCAGAGCACCCUGUUGUCCCACAUGGGGAGCUGUUCUGGGCUCAGUGCCGGUGGUGCUGGGGAGGAAACCCCUGGUCUUAGAGGGAGGGGAUUCCAUGCCCUCCACCUCCACCUGGGGUCAGACCCAUACAGAAAGGGACCCUGGUGCCAGAGCUGUCUUCAGGUAUGUGUGCGCGUGUGGGAAAUCGCUUCCCCUUGGUCCCCCUCUUCCCCCCCUCACAGGGCAUUUGUGUAUAAAAGAAACAUUGGAUAAACAAUCCUCAACUU